AUGAAAACUAUUACUCCCCUUUUUCGACAUUUUCCGAAAGCCAAAGAAUCACAAGCUUUGAUGUCAUCAGUUGGAUGUUUUACUAGAGACCCAACUGUUGCAAAACAAGUAUUUGGUAAAUUAUUGGAUCAAUACCCAGAUAGGAUAACAUUGAGGAAACUCUAUGCAAGCUUUAUUGUCAAUGAGAAUUUUUGUGGUGAUGCGUCACUAGGUAUCAAGUUCAUGAGAGCCUAUGCUGCCUGCGGUGAACCCAGAAUGGCGCGCUGCAUAUUCGAUCAAAUUCAUGAUAAGAAUGUCAUCUUCUGUAAUGUAAUGAUCAGAAGCUAUGUAAACAACCGUUUGUAUCAUGAUGCUCUUGUUUUGUUCAAAACUAUGUCUGCCAUUGGGUUUGAUCCUGAUAACUAUACAUACCCUUGUGUCCUUAAGGCUUGUUCGGGGUCAGAUAAUUUGGGGGUGGGAUUGCAAAUUCAUGUUGCUGUUGUGAAAGUUGGGCUUGACGGGAAUUUGUUUAUUGGGAAUGGUCUGAUUGCCAUGUAUGGGAAAUGCGGUUGUUUAGUAGAGGCUCGGCACAUUUUUGAUGAGAUGCCAUGUAGAGAUGUGGUUUCGUGUAAUUCUAUGGUUGCUGGGUAUGCACAAAAUGGACGGUUCGAUGAUGCAAUAGAUGUUUGUAGGAAAAUGAAGACAUUGGGGAUUAAACCAGAUGCUGGUACCAUGGCUAGCCUAUGCCCAGCUGUGACCAACAGUUCAUAUGAGAAUGUUUCGUAUGUUAAGGAAAUGUUUAUGAAAUUGGAUAGAUCGAGUUUGGUUUCGUGGAAUGUGAUGAUAGCAGUGUAUGUAAAUAAUUUGAUGCCUGGUGAAGCAGUUCACCUUUUCUUACAAAUGGAAAAGAGUGGAAUAAAACCUGAUGCAGUCACAAUUGCAAGUAUUCUUCCCGCUUGUGGGGAUCUUUCUGCUCUGUUGCUAGGUAAGCGGAUUCAUGAAUAUAUUGAGAGAAAGAGACUUAUGCCAAAUUUGUUAUUGGAGAAUGCGUUGAUUGACAUGUAUGCUAAGUGUGGAAGUCUACAAGAUGCAAGAACAGUCUUUGAUGCGAUGACAUUUCGGGAUGUUGUCUCGUGGACUUCCAUGAUUUCUGCAUAUGGUAGGAGUGGACAAGGUCAUGACGCUGUGGCACUUUUUGUGAAAAUGCGUGACUCAGGUGUAGUUCCUGAUUCAAUUGCAUUUGUAUCAGUUCUCGCGGCUUGCAGCCAUGCGGGGUUGUUAGAGGAAGGACAAUAUUGCUUUAAAUUGAUGACUGAGGAGUAUGGCAUUGAUCCCAGGAUAGAGCACUGUGCUUGUUAUGUAGAUCUGUUGGGGCGUGCUGGAAGAAUGGAUGAGGCUUAUAGUUUUGUCAACCAGAUGCCACUGGAGCCUAAUGAAAGAGUAUGGGGUGCUCUACUUAGUGCUUGCCGGGUAUACUCUAACAUGAGUGUAGGACUUUUAGCUGCUGAUCGCCUUUUUCAAUUGGCUCCAGAGGAAUCAGGUUAUUAUGUUUUGUUGUCAAACAUUUACGCAAAAGCCGGUAAAUGGCAAGACGUCGCCGCAGUCCGGUCAGUGAUGAAGAGUAGAGGGAUCAAGAAAAUACCGGGUGUCAGCAACGUUGAACUCAAAGACCAGGUUCACACUUUUCUUGCUGGUGACAGAUCACAUCCUCAGUCUAAAGAGAUAUAUGAAGAAUUAGAUAUAUUGGUAGGGAAAAUGAAGGAGUUAGGUUAUGUCCCUGAGACCGAUUCUGCCCUUCAUGACGUGGAGGAGGAGGAGAAAGAAUGCCAUCUUGCAGUUCACAGUGAGAAGCUGGCAAUUGUGUUUGCCAUUCUGAAUACUGAGCGAGGGGUAGUGAUCAGAAUUACCAAAAAUCUUCGUGUUUGUAGUGAUUGCCAUAUUGCUGCGAAGCUAAUCUCCAAAAUAGCUGAACGUGAAAUUGUUGUCCGGGAUACGAAUCGUUUCCAUCAUUUUAAGGAUGGCGUAUGUUCUUGCGGGGACUAUUGGUGA